AAGUCUGGAAGGACAAUGCUGCUCCCAGCAGCCUCCGGUGUUCUGGCGCUCUGGGCCCUAAUCACGCAUGUGAUGUAUGUGCAGGAUUACUGGAGGACCUGGUUGAAAGGGCUGAGGUUCUUCCUCUGCAUCGGGAUCCUCUUCUCAGCCCUCUCCCUGGUGGGAUUCUGCACGUUCCUCGCUCUGGCCAUCACCAAACACCAGUCCCUGACUGACCCCAAGAGCUACUACCUGUCAUGCGUCUGGAGCUUCAUCUCCUUGAAGUGGGCCUUCCUGCUCAGCUUGUACGCCCACCGGUACAGGAACGAGUUUGCAGACAUCAGCAUCCUCAGUGACUUCUAAGGUCUGGAUUUCGAUCCCGUUGGAAGCUGCCGGAUGUCUGGACGGGCUCUCAGGGGCGCUGCCCGGGCGCAAGGCCUGUGAGAAGCAGAACGGGAGCCCACGCGACUCUGCUUGGCUCGGCUGUCUGUAGCUGGGGUUUUUCUAAUUGCUUUUAUUCAACCACUUACAGUUUGGCUAAUCCUGUCAAUCUCGUGUGUUCGUUGCCCUCCUGGGAGCCUGCGUGUUUGGUUGUGAGACCAGAGGUGCCAUCUGCUCGCACACAGCAGGCCCCGAUUCACUGCACACAUCUCCCUGCUCUCAUAGCCCCUGGGAGCUCAAACAGGAGAGAGGUCUGUCACCCCACGAGCUUAUGGAUGCAGCCCCUGGUUCUGGAUGGGGUGUCCUUGCCUUGUAGCUGGUGACUUGCUAGCCUGCUCCAAGAAGGUGCCCUCGAUGUAUCUAGUGAGGAGUCUUGGCAUGGGAAAGGAAGCAGGUAUCUGGCAUGGCUCCAUCCUGGCAGAGCCAAGGGCAAGAUGGCUAUAUUAGGGAGAGCCUCGUGUUUCCCGCUGGCUGGUAAGCAAACUCGCAGGUACAUCCUAGGCAGACCAGACCCUUCUCACAGGUCUGCAGCAUUUUAACAUGCUUUUUCCUUUAAGCUCUCCCGCCAAAGUGUAACCUGAGCUCUCCACUGCCAUGUAGAGCAGAGGUAAGAAGGCAGAGGCCUACAGCACCAGGUGUCUCCCAGCACUAUCAAAUGCAGAUCACUUUGCUGCAGAUAAUUAAUAUGUGCUCCAUGUAUUGGGGUUAGAUGAGCUGCCUUCGAACUCUGAGCAUCCAAAGCUGUUCGUUUGCAGACGCUCACACCCAGAUGCAUAGCUCAAUCAAGUCCAGCACGUAGGCUGAGCUCUUUGAGUCUCAGAAGGGUCACGAAUGCGCACAUUUAACUCUUUUAAAAAAACAAUCUUCACCUUACUUGUCCUGAAGCAUUUAACAGGUGUCGCUCGUCCUUCGUUUCUGUAGCGAGUCAUGUUCUGUUUCACUGCAACCUUUCAAGCAGCACUACACAGCGUUUGCUUUCGCAGGUACACGCUCCACCACGGCUGUUGGUGCUGAGUGGUUCCAGCUAACGUAGGGAGAGACGGGCAAGAGCUGGGCACAUCUGGAUCCUGCGUAGGCCAGGCCAGUUGUGAAUUUCUGGGUGCCUCUCAGUGGAGGUGGUGGCUUCUAGCUGGGUCCUGACAUAAAGUUUAGUAGUCACUAGCCGUGUAGAUGGGCUUUAACCUUCUAGCCACCUUCUAGCAGGCCUGUUUGCCAGGUAGAAGUGGCAGUGUGGGCACAUGGCCCUUCAAAAGAAAUUCCUCUGUCAACAGAUUUUGUUUUCCAAGUGGGGAGGAGAGGCAAGUGGGUAGAUGGCAGCAAAGAGUGGGCAGAGCCUGACAGCUGCUCUCAAAGCGCCCAGUCGUGGCACCAGUUAUAAAGUUGCCUGUUUGUAUCCCACUGCCAACACCUUCCUGAGCGCGCUGUCAGCCUGUGCAGUGGGAGAUGGCUGGGACCUGGCCAGGGGUCAGAGAGUGCCGGUGUCUGGCUUCACAAGACUGUGCUGAGGCCACACUGGGCAGUAUCACGCAGCACCCUCUGUACUAACUGGCUGCCCCAUACCUCAGGGCUGUGUUUCUGGGGAGAAUUUAUCAUCUCCCGCACACAUCCGAGGGCCCUGACAUCUCUCACUGCGUGGCUUGACUGUCUGCAGCUUAGAAAAUCUUCCUGCUUUGGCUUAGAAAAUCCCUGGCUCGUGCAGAGAGUUGAUUAGAAAUGAUCAGGAAAUCCAAGUGAUUUUCAGUGUCUUGGAGAUCUGCUGAAUAGAAACCCCCACCCCCAGAGAGAUCCCUGGCUAAGUGAAGCCAGCUCCAGGGCAAUACAGUGUCCCUAAUGUCACACCUGCCCCAGGGCGGAAAUGCUGGCAGAGGCCGUGGUCUGCAGCAAGCCUCUGGUUCCUGGGAUUUAUCUUGGGUAGCCACGUUUACCUCCGAGUAGUCAGGUUAUGUGGCUCCAAGGAGGGAUCCUACCCCACAGCCCUCGAACGCAGAGCUCCGCUGUGCCCCCCCAGGUUGGACACGUGCUUCCCUGGUCUCAUUAAAUAACCCAUCUUAGAUCCACUCGAUCACAGCGCCCGUGUUCAGAGCCCUCCCCUGGGAGCUGUUCGCAUAUCAGGGCUCCUCCAGGCCACAGCAGUUUGCCUCAGAUUUCUCUCUCAAGCAGUCUUUCCCCUGUCCCCUCGCCAGCACCCCUUGGACAGGGUCUGUAAAUGCACAAAGGGUUUCUAUCCUGUGGCCACACUUUGUGUGCACGCACACUGCAUGAGAACCGGGGUCCAGAGAGGGGCAUCAUUGGCAGCGGGGGUUUGUUCUGUGUAUCCCGUGUCUGGCGUUGUACUGACCUGCACUGUAUAAUGUGUAUGUGACAUCGUAGCAAGCGCUGAAAUACAGUAUUCUCUUCUCUCCGA